AGAACUAAAAAUAAUCAACGACAACCUAAAGAACAGAAAAAGAGGGAGACAUUGCCUCAGGCUCGUCUGAGAGACAAACGUUGCAAACAGAACAUGACUCGCAAACGUGCCGAUUCGGGCAUAGCGACAGAGGACUUGUGAUCCUUCUGCCGUCUUUCCAUCUCCAAUUGUACUGCUUCUUCGUUCUUAGUCUUGUUACAUACCCCAGCUCAGCCACAGCGAAGCCAACGAGGAAUAUGCGCUAGGGAUCAGAACGGGCAAAGUGCGCAUGCAAAGAUAUGCGACCAGCGUUUGAACUACUAUCCCCGUGACCUCGACAUCCAUGCUCCAAGCCAUUUCCCUGCAGUAAACAUGCCAGUAGCCUUGCUAUCACGCAAGGCUCGGAUCCGCAACACAGCCUUCUGUCAUGGUAGGACACCGCCCUGGCUCUAAAAUAGGGUAUUCUGAGGAAUACGUGACCCUGGUCGAUCCGUGAAUAUAAUAAGCCCCGACGUGCUGUUGUCGUGGUGAUAAUAUUUCGUAAGUUACUAACUCACCCGCGUCGCUUGAUAAGGCUUAGCCGACAAAUGGCCGUCUCCACCCCAUUACGCUCCUACCUGUACUCCGAUAAGGAUACACCGUUCUCUGACCUUUCCCCAGGUUCAGUCGGGAAUUUUCCGGGCGAUGAAAGCGACUCUGCUGCCAAUCUUGUGGACGAGAGUCCUACGCGAGGCGUAGCGGUUCGACGGCAAGCGAAAGAGCUGUCGCGACGGAGCCAAUCAUCGCGCGCAUGUGUCUCGACCAGAGACCAGACGGUCGAGGCUUACCUCCGUGAAGGGACGGAAGAAAGUCUGAACCGAAACCCACAGCGAUCGCUCUUGGAGCAUUGCUCCAGAGGAUCGAAGGCACUCAAUGGUUCACGCCCCAUUUUGCGUACUAGUCAGACCUCCCCACGGCGACCAGCAUGGAUUCCGGAAAAUGCACCCAUAAUAGAAAUACCGGAUGAUGAGCCGGGUGAAAGGAUUCCUUCAGUGGCCACCCAUUGGGAUGUCCCAACAUCAACCAGUCACGCCCGAAUCAAUGGGCAAAACCUGAUUUCGGUGUCUGCAGAUAGCAUGGAAACCGACUCAGUCGAUCCGUCAGAUGAAGAAACAUAUGAAUCAGAGUCGCCAUUCUCUGUAGCGAGUCAGAAAGAGACACCAAGGACGGACAUUUCCGAUGAUGGAUUAGAGCACAGACAAACUGGACCAGAAUGUAUCUCAGACCUGUGUAGCACCGAGGAAAUCAUAUUCGCCAUCCGCGAUGUGAUCUGCGGGUGGACCAGCCCUCAAGGAAAAGAAUCCAAGAAAGGUUAUGCAUACAUUUUUUAUGAUCCCUUGGCCCAGAGCCCAUGCUAUAAAAUCGGACACUCAGGGAAUGUGAAGGUGCGCACCCAACAGCAUCAGAAUCAAUGUCGGCUACGGAGGUGGAGCUCCAAAAAAAGCCCUGCAUUGCGAGACUAUAAACUACUCGAGAGACUAGCACACGCCGAACUCAGAAAUUUGCGGUGCAAGCCCAAUUGCUUUUGUGGAGCGGAACACAGGGAGUACUUCUUGGGCGAGGCAGCGCAUGGGCAGGAUAUUCUGGAUUCUUGGUCGCGAUGGCUUAUAGAGAAGGACCCGUAUAAUGACGAUGGGAACCUUAGGCCGUUCUGGGUUGACCGGCUAAAUGUGCUUCUUGAUGGUUAUUCACGCCAUUUUCACUGCACGGACCUUGAAUGUAACAAACACCAUUGCAGCAGCAAUGCUUGCCAGGCGUGCCUCCGCGAAGGAUGGCAGACGUUCAUCGAGCCCACCGCCCAAGAUAUGUUCGAGUAUGAUUGUCGAAUAAAAGUGCCUUUUGCCUGGGGUUGCUUGUUGUUACAGACCUGUUAUGGUCGCUUCCCUUGCUAUGAAACGGAGCUUGUCUGGAUGAGUGACUCCAUAGAAUUUGUUUCUCGUACGUGGGAUUCUGCGUCGAGUGUUCAGCUGAUUUUGGUUCUGUUACUUGGAAAGGGUGUCUAUCUCACGGUAUGCUCGUUGUGGAACCACACGCUCGAUAUCUCCAGAUUACUCGAGUUUUACUUGGCAUGUGCUGCAGCUUAUCGGCUGUUUGUCCUACCCACGGUUAACAUGGAUUCUGGUGAUCAGACCUUGUCACAGGGAGUGAAAAGAACUACAGUGCCCACGAGGAAAUCUGUGCGUGGGAGUUCAAAGUCACCUGGAAUGACCACACCGGCCUCGAACCAAUCCCAGAGGACAUCUAAAACCACACGGAAGAAGUGGUUUCUCGGGGAGCUCACCAAUACAAAGCUCUUUAAUGAUAUAAACAGCCCCAAGAAGGAAACCAGCGAUGGCAUGAAUGCAGUCACCGGGUGAAGGCUUCCAGAAUCACUCUCAAAUUCGGCCUGGACCGCCACCUACCAGGAGAGGAGCAACGCUAUCCAAAGGGCAUAACCUCCAUCGAGGCUUCUCGUACAUGUGACGCAUUUUGAGGAAGGGCAGACUCGUGCCGAGCUGCGGCUAUCAUGCAUAAUCUGUUUUCUGCCACAUGUCAAACUAACAUAAGGAGUGACAGGGAUGACAAACUACGUGCUAUGGGGAGUGUUAUCAUGCUAACAUGAGGAAAUUCCGAAUGGGAUAGCUACGGUAUUUUCAGGGUAUACCUGUGCGAUGUGCGGUCGUCUCUGUAGAGUAGACCAGCGGCUCUUACCCAUGCCAUCCAGGUACCAGGGUCCGGGACCCCAGAUAGCGACUCUACCUGUCCCUGCACGACAUUCCAUCGGGCCUUAUAAGGCGCUGAAGAUGACCUAUAUUAGUGUUGCCUCUGUAAAGGCUGAUGAUGAUGAAUAUGUGCGGCAAGACGAGGCACGACGGGACAAUUGACGGCUUCCCAAUCACCCACAGAGUAUCCCUUCGGGACUGGG